AUGACACCGUCAAGCCCGGCGACCGAGGUGCAGAAAGCUCGCGAGCUGGAGCAGCGUCAGAAGAACCCUGAUCGCGUCGAGAGCCUCUGGGCGCAGCUGGGCCCCAGUGCCAACGGCGAGCUGGACCUCAAGGGCCUGCAGAAGGGCUUUCGCAAGAUUGACCACCCUCUGAAGAAUGCGGAUGCCAUGCUGAAGAAGAUUAUGACCGAGGUCGACACGAAUCGCGAUGGGAAAAUUCAAUACGAAGAGUUCCGAGUUUUUGUACAGAAAGCUGAAGGCCAGCUUUUUGACCUGUUCAAGUCCAUCGAUCGCGACGGCAAUGGGAAGCUCGACAAGGCGGAGCUCCAGACGGCUUUCAAGGCUGCGGGGUUGACUGUCUCAAACCGCAGGCUGCACGACUUUUUCAGCGAUAUGGACCAGAACAACGACGGAUACGUCACGUUCGACGAAUGGCGAGACUUCCUCCUUUUCAUGCCCGGCAACCAGGAUGCGUCCCAUCUCCACGCGGUCUUGUCUUUUUACUACUCGGUGGUUAAUGUCACGCCAGAGGGAGACUCUCUCGUGAGUGGAGAAACACUGGAAGGCUUAGGUAGGGCCGGCUCCUCUAGCUCUUUUCUUCAAAUCCUCUUCGGCUCUCUUCUCCGAGUCGCCUUUCCUUCGUCCUAUCCGAAGCCACCUCCAGAGCUUCCAUUACCUCCGCCGCCACCUCCCGCGAUUUCAGAAGUCGAACAGGGCCCGUCAGGGGCAGGGGCAAGGGCAGCGGCGGAUGCUGUUGUACACUCCGACGGCGAUGGCACCUCAGUCGAGCACCGUGAAGAGUCCUCUACCGGAGCUACACCGACGCUGAAGAAAUACAAACUGACAGACUUUGCCCCCCAUCCAGGUUACUUCCUUGCGGGUGCCAUCGCCGGUGGAGUGUCGCGGACGGCCACAGCUCCGCUCGACCGAUUGAAGGUCUAUCUGCUCGUCAAUACCAACAGCGGAGCCGAGACGGCCGUGCAAGCGCUGAAGCAAGGCCGUGUCAUUGAUGCGCUUAGGAAUGCGGCGCGGCCCUUUAGUGAAGCCGUCAAGGACUUGUACCGGACGGGUGGUGUGCGCAGCUUCUUUGCCGGCAACGGAUUGAAUGUCGUCAAGAUCAUGCCAGAGACGGCCAUCAAAUUCGGAUCGUACGAAGCGGCUAAGCGCGCGCUGGCAAAUUUUGAGGGCCAUGGAGAUCCCAAAAACAUCAACUCGUACUCAAAAUUCAUCUCUGGUGGUCUGGCUGGAAUGAUUGCCCAGUUCUGCGUCUACCCUCUUGAUACUCUCAAGUUUCGCCUUCAAUGCGAGACGGUCAAGGGUGGCCUCACGGGCGGCGCCCUUCUGCGACAGACGGCCGUGAAAAUGUAUGCAGAUGGCGGUCUGCGAGCCUGCUACCGGGGUGUCACCAUGGGAUUGAUUGGCAUGUUCCCAUACAGCGCCAUCGAUAUGGGCAUGUUUGAGUUUCUCAAGAAGACCUACCGGAUACGGUAUGCGAAAUACGCGGGCUGCCAUGAAGACGACGCUCAGCCCGGCAACAUCGCGACGGGCAUCAUCGGCGCAACAUCCGGAGCCUUUGGCGCGUCGGUUGUCUACCCACUAAACGUGGUCCGAACACGGCUGCAAACGCAGGGCACCUUGAUGCAUCCUCAGACCUAUACGGGCAUCUGGGACGUCACGCGGAAGACGAUCCAGCACGAAGGAGUCCGAGGCCUCUACAAGGGCCUGACGCCAAAUCUUCUCAAAGUCGCCCCUGCGUUGAGCAUAACGUGGGUGGUGUACGAGAACGCGAAACGCCUUCUCGCAUUGAACUGA